CCAUGUCGGAGCCCGGCGGCGGCGGCGAGGACGGCUCGGCGGGCCUGGAGGUGUCGGCCGUGCAGAAUGUGGCCGACGUGUCGGUGCUGCAGAAGCACCUGCGCAAGCUGGUGCCGCUGCUGCUGGAGGACGGCGGCGAGGCUCCGGCCGCGCUCGAGGCGGCGCUGGAGGAGAAGAGCGCCCUGGAGCAGAUGCGCAAGUUCCUGUCGGACCCGCAGGUCCACACGGUCCUGGUGGAGCGCUCCACCCUCAAAGAGGACGUUGGUGAUGAAGGAGAAGAAGAAAGGGAAUUCAUUUCCUACAACAUCAACAUAGACAUUCAUUACGGCGUUAAGUCCAACAGCUUGGCUUUCAUUAAACGGACCCCAGUGAUCGAUGCGGACAAGCCCGUGUCCUCUCAGCUCCGCGUGCUCACGCUCAGCGAAGACUCACCCUACGAGACGCUGCAUUCCUUCAUCAGCAAUGCUGUGGCCCCUUUCUUCAAGUCCUACAUCCGAGAGUCUGGCAAGGCAGACAGGGACGGUGAUAAAAUGGCCCCCUCAGUUGAAAAGAAGAUCGCAGAGCUGGAAAUGGGGCUCCUUCACCUGCAGCAGAACAUUGAGAUCCCGGAGAUCAGUCUGCCCAUCCACCCAAUCAUCACCAACGUGGCGAAGCAGUGCUACGAACGUGGCGAGAAGCCCAAGGUGACGGACUUCGGGGACAAGGUUGAAGAUCCCACUUUCCUCAAUCAGUUACAGUCUGGAGUGAACCGCUGGAUCCGAGAGAUUCAGAAGGUGACCAAACUUGAUCGAGAUCCUGCCUCGGGAACCGCCCUGCAGGAGAUCAGCUUCUGGCUGAACCUGGAGCGCGCGCUGUACCGCAUCCAGGAGAAGCGGGAGAGCCCCGAGGUCCUCCUCACGCUGGACAUCCUGAAGCACGGCAAGCGCUUCCACGCCACCGUCAGCUUCGACACCGACACAGGUCUUAAACAGGCUUUGGAAACCGUCAAUGACUACAACCCUCUGAUGAAGGACUUCCCUCUGAAUGACCUUCUGUCUGCCACUGAGCUGGACAAAAUCAGGCAGGCACUCGUCGCAAUAUUCACCCAUUUGCGAAAGAUCCGAAACACAAAAUACCCUAUUCAGCGGGCACUGCGAUUGGUGGAGGCGAUUUCAAGAGACCUGAGUUCUCAGCUGCUCAAAGUGUUGGGAACUAGGAAACUGAUGCACGUUGCUUAUGAAGAAUUUGAAAAAGUCAUGGUGGCGUGCUUUGAGGUCUUCCAGACCUGGGACGACGAGUACGAGAAGCUGCAGGUGCUGCUGAGAGACAUCGUGAAGAGAAAGAGGGAGGAGAACCUGAAGAUGGUGUGGCGCAUCAACCCCGCUCACAGGAAGCUGCAGGCGCGCCUGGACCAGAUGCGCAAGUUCCGGCGGCAGCACGAGCAGCUGAGGGCCGUCAUCGUCAGGGUGCUGAGGCCACAGGUCACAGCAGUUGCACAACAGAAUCAAGGCGAGGUCCCCGAACCCCAGGACAUGAAAGUAGCAGAAGUUCUGUUUGACGCUGCCGACGCAAACGCCAUUGAGGAGGUCAACCUUGCUUACGAGAACGUCAAGGAAGUGGACGGGCUGGAUGUGUCCAAAGAAGGGACCGAGGCCUGGGAGGCAGCGAUGAAGCGAUAUGACGAGAGGAUUGACCGGGUGGAGACCCGCAUCACCGCCCGUCUCCGAGACCAGCUCGGCACUGCCAAGAACGCCAACGAGAUGUUCCGCAUCUUCUCCAGGUUCAACGCGCUGUUCGUCAGGCCCCACAUCCGCGGGGCCAUCCGGGAGUACCAGACCCAGCUGAUCCAGCGCGUGAAGGACGACAUCGGCUCCCUGCACGACAAGUUCAAGGUGCAGUACCCACAGAGCCAGGCCUGCAAGAUGAGCCACGUGCGCGACCUGCCGCCCGUGUCGGGCUCUAUCAUCUGGGCCAAGCAGAUCGACAGGCAGCUGACCGCCUACAUGAAGCGUGUGGAGGACGUGCUGGGCAAAGGCUGGGAGAACCACGUGGAGGGGCAGAAGCUGAAACAGGACGGGGACAGCUUCCGCAUGAAGCUCAACACCCAGGAGAUCUUCGACGACUGGGCCAAGAAGGUGCAGCAGCGCAACCUGGGCGUCACGGGGCGCAUCUUCACCAUCGAGAGCACGCGCGUCCGAGGCCGCACCGGGAACGUCCUCAAGCUGAAGGUGAACUUUCUGCCCGAGAUCAUCACGCUCUCCAAAGAAGUCCGCAACCUCAAGUGGCUGGGCUUCCGCGUGCCCCUGGCCAUUGUCAACAAGGCCCACCAAGCAAACCAGCUGUACCCCUUCGCCAUCUCGCUGAUCGAGAGCGUGCGCACGUACGAGCGCACCUGUGAGAAGGUGGAGGAGCGCAACACCAUCUCGCUGCUGGUGGCGGGCCUCAAGAAGGAGGUGCAGGCGCUCAUUGCCGAGGGGGUCGCCCUCCUCUGGGAGUCCUACAAGCUCGACCCCUACGUGCAGCGCCUGGCGGAGACCGUCUUCAACUUCCAGGAGAAGGUGGACGACCUGCUGAUCAUUGAAGAGAAGAUCGACCUCGAGGUCCGCUCGCUGGAGACAUGCAUGUACGAUCACAAGACUUUCUCCGAGAUCUUGAACAGAGUCCAGAAAGCCGUGGACGACUUGAACCUGCACUCCUACUCCAACCUGCCCAUCUGGGUCAACAAGCUGGACAUGGAGAUUGAGCGAAUACUGGGUGUUCGCCUACAAGCUGGCCUAAGAGCUUGGACCCAGGUCCUUCUUGGACACGCAGAGGAUAAAGCAGAGGUCGACAUGGAUACGGAUGCUCCGCAAGUCAGUCACAAACCUGGCGGAGAGCCCAAGAUCAAAAACGUUGUCCACGAGCUGAGAAUAACCAAUCAGGUCAUCUAUUUGAACCCCCCCAUUGAAGAGUGCAGAUACAAACUGUAUCAGGAGAUGUUCGCCUGGAAGAUGGUCGUCCUGUCUCUGCCCAGGAUCCAGAGUCAGCGGUACCAGGUGGGUGUCCACUACGAGCUGACCGAGGAGGAGAAGUUCUACCGGAACGCUCUGACGCGGAUGCCUGACGGCCCCGUGGCCCUGGAGGAGUCAUACUCCGCGGUGAUGGGCAUUGUGACUGAGGUCGAGCAGUACGUCAAGGUGUGGCUCCAGUAUCAGUGUCUGUGGGACAUGCAAGCUGAGAACAUCUACAACAGGCUCGGGGAGGACCUGAACAAGUGGCAGGCGCUCUUGGUCCAGAUAAGGAAGGCCAGAGGGACAUUUGACAACGCAGAAACCAAAAAGGAAUUUGGACCGGUAGUUAUCGAUUAUGGCAAGGUCCAGUCCAAGGUGAACCUCAAAUACGACUCUUGGCACAAGGAGGUUCUCAGCAAGUUCGGACAGAUGCUGGGCUCCAACAUGACUGAGUUCCAUUCCCAGAUCUCCAAGUCCCGUCAAGAGCUGGAGCAGCACUCGGUGGACACAGCCAGCACCUCAGACGCGGUGACCUUCAUCACCUACGUGCAGUCUCUGAAGCGAAAGAUCAAGCAGUUUGAGAAGCAAGUCGAGCUCUACCGCAACGGUCAGCGCCUGCUGGAGAAGCAGCGCUUCCAGUUCCCGCCCUCCUGGCUCUACAUCGACAACAUCGAGGGCGAGUGGGGGGCCUUCAAUGACAUCAUGAGGCGGAAGGACUCGGCCAUCCAGCAGCAGGUGGCCAACCUGCAGAUGAAGAUCGUGCAGGAGGACCGGGCCGUGGAGAGCCGCACCAUUGACCUGCUGGCCGACUGGGAGAAGACCAAGCCCGUGACAGGCAACCUGCGGCCGGAAGAGGCACUGCAAGCCCUCACCAUCUACGAAGGGAAGUUCGGCCGGCUGAAGGACGAUAGGGAGAAGUGCGCCAAGGCCAAGGAGGCGCUGGAGCUGACGGACACAGGGCUGCUGAGCGGCAGUGAGGAGCGAGUGCAGGUGGCCCUGGAGGAGUUGCAGGACCUCAAAGGAGUGUGGUCAGAACUUUCUAAGGUCUGGGAGCAAAUUGAUCAGAUGAAGGAGCAGCCCUGGGUCUCCGUGCAGCCCCGGAAGCUCCGGCAGAACCUCGACGGGCUCCUGAACCAGCUGAAGAACUUCCCCGCGCGGCUCCGGCAGUACGCGUCCUAUGAGUUUGUGCAGCGGCUUCUGAAGGGCUACAUGAAGAUCAACAUGCUGGUGAUCGAGCUCAAGUCCGAGGCCCUCAAAGACCGCCACUGGAAGCAGCUGAUGAAGCGGCUGCACGUCACCUGGGUGGUCUCUGAGCUCACGCUCGGCCAGAUUUGGGACGUGGACUUGCAGAAGAACGAAGCCAUUGUCAAGGACGUGCUGCUUGUGGCCCAGGGGGAGAUGGCGCUGGAGGAGUUUCUGAAACAGAUACGAGAAGUCUGGAAUACUUACGAGUUAGACCUGGUCAACUAUCAGAACAAGUGUCGCCUGAUCCGGGGCUGGGACGACCUCUUCAACAAAGUCAAGGAGCACAUCAACAGCGUCUCCGCUAUGAAGCUCUCGCCCUACUACAAGGUCUUCGAAGAGGAUGCCCUCAGCUGGGAGGAUAAACUGAAUCGGAUCAUGGCCCUCUUUGACGUGUGGAUUGAUGUCCAGAGGCGCUGGGUGUACCUGGAGGGCAUCUUCACGGGCAGUGCAGACAUCAAGCACCUGCUUCCGGUGGAAACCCAGCGAUUCCAGAGCAUCAGCACCGAGUUCCUGGCUCUGAUGAAAAAGGUCUCCAAGUCCCCCCUGGUGAUGGAUGUUCUGAACAUCCAGGGGGUCCAGCGCUCUCUGGAAAGGCUGGCGGACCUGCUAGGAAAGAUCCAGAAGGCGCUGGGAGAGUACCUGGAGCGUGAGCGGUCCUCUUUCCCCAGGUUCUACUUUGUGGGUGAUGAAGAUCUGCUCGAGAUCAUUGGCAACAGCAAGAACGUGGCCAAGUUACAGAAGCACUUCAAGAAGAUGUUUGCCGGCGUGUCGAGCAUCAUCCUGAACGAAGACAACUCCGUGGUCCUGGGCAUCUCGUCCCGCGAAGGAGAGGAGGUUAUGUUUAAGACCCCCGUGUCAAUUACUGAGCACCCCAAAAUCAACGAGUGGCUCACGCUGGUGGAGAAGGAAAUGAGAGUCACUCUGGCCAAGCUCCUAGCCGAGUCUGUCACGGAGGUGGAGAUUUUUGGUAAAGCCACUUCAAUUGACCCCAAUACCUACAUCACCUGGAUCGACAAGUAUCAGGCCCAGCUGGUGGUUCUGUCAGCCCAGAUCGCCUGGUCUGAAAACGUGGAAUCGGCUCUGAGCAGUGUGGGCGGCGGGGGUGACGCAGCUCCCCUGCACUCCGUGCUCAGCAACGUGGAAGUGACACUCAACGUGCUGGCCGACUCCGUGCUGAUGGAGCAGCCCCCGCUGCGCAGGCGGAAGCUGGAGCACCUGAUUACGGAAUUGGUCCACCAGAGAGAUGUUACCAGGUCCUUGCUCAAAAGCAAGAUCGACAACGCCAAGUCCUUCGAGUGGCUCAGCCAGAUGCGCUUCUACUUUGACCCCAAGCAGACGGACGUGUUACAGCAGUUGUCCAUUCAGAUGGCAAAUGCCAAGUUCAACUAUGGCUUCGAGUACCUGGGCGUCCAGGACAAGCUGGUCCAGACGCCACUCACAGACCGCUGCUACCUGACCAUGACGCAGGCCUUGGAGGCCAGGCUGGGGGGCUCCCCCUUCGGCCCUGCUGGCACUGGGAAAACGGAGUCCGUCAAAGCGCUUGGCCAUCAGCUCGGGCGGUUUGUCUUGGUUUUCAACUGUGACGAGACCUUCGAUUUCCAGGCCAUGGGCCGGAUCUUCGUGGGGCUUUGCCAGGUGGGCGCCUGGGGCUGCUUUGACGAGUUCAACCGCUUGGAGGAGCGCAUGCUCUCAGCCGUGUCGCAGCAGGUGCAGUGCAUCCAGGAGGCACUGCGGGAACACUCCAAUCCCAACUACGACAAGACUUCUGCCCCCAUCACGUGUGAGUUGCUGAACAAGCAGGUGAAGGUGAGCCCGGACAUGGCCAUUUUCAUCACCAUGAACCCCGGCUACGCGGGCAGGUCCAACCUCCCGGACAACCUCAAGAAGCUGUUCCGGAGCCUCGCCAUGACCAAGCCGGACCGGCAGCUGAUCGCCCAGGUCAUGCUGUACUCCCAGGGCUUCCGCACCGCCGAGGUGCUGGCCAAUAAGAUCGUGCCCUUCUUCAAGCUGUGUGAUGAGCAGCUGUCUUCCCAAAGCCAUUACGACUUCGGCCUCCGGGCUCUGAAGAGCGUGCUGGUGAGCGCCGGCAACGUGAAGAGGGAGAGAAUCCAGAAAAUCAAGAGGGAGAAGGAAGAACGCGGCGAGGUGGUCGAUGAAGGAGAGAUUGCCGAGAACCUGCCUGAACAGGAGAUCCUGAUCCAGAGCGUGUGUGAGACGAUGGUGCCGAAGCUGGUGGCCGAGGACAUCCCGCUGCUCUUCAGCCUCCUGUCGGACGUGUUCCCCGGAGUCCAGUACCACCGUGGGGAGAUGACCGCCCUGCGAGAGGAGCUCAAGAAGGUGUGCCAGGAGAUGUACCUGACCUACGGCGACGGCGAGGAGGUCGGCGGCAUGUGGGUGGAAAAGGUGCUCCAGCUCUAUCAGAUCACCCAGAUCAAUCACGGACUCAUGAUGGUGGGGCCAUCAGGCAGCGGGAAGAGCAUGGCCUGGCGAGUGCUGCUGAAGGCUCUGGAGCGACUGGAGGGGGUGGAAGGUGUGGCCCACAUCAUUGACCCCAAGGCCAUCAGCAAAGACCACCUCUACGGAACGCUGGACCCCAACACCAGGGAGUGGACCGACGGGCUGUUCACACAUGUUCUGAGAAAGAUCAUUGACAACGUGCGGGGUGAGCUGCAGAAGCGCCAAUGGAUUGUCUUCGAUGGCGAUGUGGACCCGGAGUGGGUGGAGAACCUGAACUCUGUGCUGGACGACAACAAGCUCCUGACCCUGCCCAACGGAGAGCGUCUCAGCCUGCCCCCCAACGUGCGGAUCAUGUUUGAGGUGCAGGACCUCAAGUACGCCACGCUGGCCACUGUGUCGCGCUGUGGCAUGGUCUGGUUCAGUGAGGACGUGCUGAGCACCGACAUGAUCUUCAACAACUUCCUGGCCAGACUGCGCAGCAUCCCCCUGGACGAGGGGGAGGACGAGGCGCAGAGGCGGCGUAAGGGCAAGGAGGACGAGGGCGAGGAGGCCGCGUCCCCGAUGCUACAGAUCCAGAGAGACGCGGCCACUAUCAUGCAGCCCUACUUCACGUCCAACGGCCUGGUCAUCAAGGCCCUGGAGCACGCCUUCAAGCUGGAGCACAUCAUGGACCUGACGCGGCUCCGCUGCCUCGGCUCGCUCUUCUCCAUGCUGCACCAGGCCUGCCGCAACGUGGCGCAGUACAACGCCAACCACCCCGACUUCCCCAUGCAGAUCGAGCAGCUGGAGCGCUACAUCCAGCGCUAUCUGGUCUACGCCAUCCUUUGGUCCUUGUCUGGGGACAGCCGGCUGAAAAUGAGAGCAGAGCUGGGUGAAUACAUCCGGAGAAUCACAACCGUGCCACUGCCCACAGCGCCCAACGUCCCCAUCAUCGACUAUGAAGUCUCCAUCAGCGGGGAAUGGUCACCGUGGCAGUCCAAGGUGCCGCAGAUCGAGGUGGAGACACACAAGGUAGCAGCUCCCGACGUGGUGGUGCCAACGCUGGACACGGUCCGCCACGAGGCACUCCUGUACACCUGGCUGGCUGAGCACAAGCCGCUGGUGCUGUGUGGCCCCCCUGGCUCUGGCAAGACCAUGACACUCUUCAGUGCCCUCCGGGCCCUACCUGACAUGGAGGUUGUGGGUCUCAACUUUUCAAGCGCCACCACCCCAGAGCUCCUCCUGAAAACCUUUGACCACUACUGUGAGUACCGCCGCACGCCCAACGGGGUGGUGCUGGCGCCCGUCCAGCUCGGCAAGUGGCUGGUGCUGUUCUGUGAUGAGAUCAACCUGCCCGACAUGGACAAAUACGGCACCCAGAGGGUCAUCUCCUUCAUCAGGCAGAUGGUGGAGCACGGGGGCUUUUACCGAACCUCUGACCAGACGUGGGUGAAGCUGGAGCGAAUCCAGUUUGUGGGGGCCUGCAACCCGCCCACAGACCCAGGGAGGAAGCCGCUCUCACACAGGUUCCUCCGCCACGUGCCUGUUGUGUACGUGGACUACCCCGGGCCCGCGUCGCUCACCCAGAUCUAUGGCACCUUCAACCGCGCCAUGCUGCGCCUCAUCCCGUCCCUGCGCACCUACGCCGAGCCGCUCACGGCUGCCAUGGUGGAGUUCUACACCAUGUCCCAGGAGAGGUUCACUCAGGACACACAGCCUCACUACAUCUACUCACCCCGAGAGAUGACCAGGUGGGUGAGGGGCAUCUUUGAAGCACUGCGGCCCCUGGAGACCCUGCCGGUCGAAGGCCUGAUCCGGAUCUGGGCACACGAAGCCCUCCGUCUCUUCCAGGACAGGCUCGUGGAGGACGAGGAGCGGCGCUGGACGGACGAGAACAUCGACAUGGUGGCCCUGAAGCACUUCCCGAACAUCGAUAAGGAGAAGGCUAUGAACCGUCCCAUCUUGUACAGCAACUGGCUGUCCAAGGACUACAUCCCAGUAGACCAGGAAGAGUUACGAGAUUACGUCAAAGCCAGGUUGAAGGUCUUCUAUGAAGAGGAGCUGGAUGUCCCACUGGUCCUGUUUAAUGAGGUCUUGGACCACGUGCUCAGGAUUGACCGGAUAUUCCGUCAGCCUCAGGGCCACUUGCUUCUAAUCGGCGUGAGCGGUGCAGGGAAGACAACCCUGUCCCGUUUUGUUGCCUGGAUGAACGGCCUGAGUGUGUAUCAGAUCAAGGUCCACAGAAAGUACACCGGGGAGGAUUUUGAUGAGGAUCUUCGGACAGUGUUGAGGCGCUCUGGGUGCAAAAAUGAAAAGAUAGCCUUUAUAAUGGAUGAGUCCAACGUGCUGGACUCUGGCUUCUUGGAACGGAUGAACACGCUGCUGGCCAAUGGCGAGGUGCCUGGUCUCUUUGAAGGAGACGAGUAUGCGACUCUGAUGACACAGUGUAAGGAGGGGGCGCAGAAGGAGGGCCUGAUGCUAGACUCGCAUGAGGAACUGUACAAAUGGUUCACCAGCCAGGUCAUCCGCAACCUGCACGUCGUGUUCACCAUGAACCCCUCGGCCGAGGGCCUCAAGGACCGGGCGGCCACGUCACCAGCGCUCUUCAACAGGUGCGUGCUGAACUGGUUUGGAGACUGGUCCACCGAGGCGCUCUACCAGGUCGGCAAAGAGUUCACCAGCAAGAUGGACUUGGAGAAGCCCAACUACAUCGUCCCCGACUACAUGCCGGUCGUGUACGACAAGCUCCCGCAGCCCCCGUCCCACCGGGAGGCCAUCGUCAACAGCUGCGUGUUCGUGCACCAGACGCUGCAUCAGGCGAAUGCUCGGCUGGCAAAACGCGGCGGCAGGACAAUGGCCAUCACCCCCCGCCACUACCUGGACUUCAUCAACCAUUACGCCAACCUCUUCAACGAGAAGCGCAGCGAGCUUGAGGAACAGCAGAUGCAUCUGAACGUCGGGCUGCGCAAAAUCAAGGAGACGGUCGACCAGGUGGAAGAGCUGCGCCGGGACUUGCGGAUAAAGAGCCAGGAGCUGGAAGUAAAGAACGCUGCCGCCAACGACAAGCUGAAAAAGAUGGUGAAAGACCAGCAGGAAGCAGAAAAGAAGAAGGUCAUGAGCCAGGAAAUUCAGGAGCAGCUGCACAAGCAGCAGGAGGUCAUCGCAGACAAGCAGAUGAGCGUCAAGGAGGACCUGGACAAGGUGGAGCCUGCGGUCAUCGAGGCCCAGAACGCCGUCAAGUCCAUCAAGAAGCAGCACCUGGUGGAGGUGCGCUCCAUGGCCAACCCGCCCGCCGCUGUCAAGCUGGCGCUGGAGUCCAUCUGCCUGCUGCUGGGGGAGAGUACCACCGACUGGAAGCAGAUCCGCUCCAUUAUCAUGCGCGAGAACUUCAUCCCCACCAUCGUCAACUUCUCCGCUGAGGAGAUCAGCGAUGCCAUUCGGGAGAAGAUGAAGAAGAACUACAUGUCCAACCCCAGUUACAACUACGAGAUCGUCAACCGGGCCUCCCUGGCCUGCGGCCCCAUGGUCAAGUGGGCGAUUGCGCAGCUCAACUACGCAGACAUGCUGAAGAGGGUGGAGCCCCUGCGGAACGAGCUGCAGAAGCUGGAGGAUGACGCCAAGGACAACCAGCAGAAGGCCAACGAGGUGGAGCAGAUGAUCCGCGACCUGGAGGCCAGCAUCGCCCGCUACAAGGAGGAGUACGCCGUGCUCAUCUCGGAGGCCCAAGCCAUCAAAGCUGACCUGGCCGCCGUGGAGGCCAAGGUGAACCGCAGCACCGCUCUCCUGAAGAGUUUGUCUGCCGAGCGAGAGCGAUGGGAAAAAACAAGCGAAACGUUCAAGAACCAGAUGUCGACCAUCGCCGGAGACUGCCUCCUUUCGGCUGCGUUCAUCGCCUACGCCGGGUACUUCGACCAGCAGAUGCGUCAGAACCUGUUCACCACCUGGUCCCAUCACCUCCAGCAAGCCAACAUCCAGUUCCGCACGGACAUCGCGAGGACCGAGUACCUGUCCAACGCCGACGAGCGGCUACGCUGGCAGGCCAGCUCUCUGCCCGCCGACGACCUGUGCACGGAGAACGCCAUCAUGCUGAAGCGCUUCAACAGGUACCCGCUCAUCAUCGACCCCUCUGGACAGGCCACAGAGUUCAUCAUGAAUGAGUACAAGGACCGGAAGAUCACCCGCACCAGCUUCCUGGACGACGCCUUCAGGAAGAACCUGGAGAGCGCACUGAGGUUCGGGAACCCGCUGCUGGUCCAGGACGUGGAAAGCUACGACCCAGUUCUGAACCCGGUCCUGAACCGUGAAGUUCGGCGAACGGGCGGGCGGGUGCUGAUCACGCUUGGGGACCAGGACAUAGACCUGUCGCCCUCGUUCGUCAUCUUCCUGUCCACCAGAGACCCCACGGUUGAGUUCCCACCGGACCUCUGCUCUCGGGUCACUUUCGUCAACUUCACCGUCACCCGGAGCAGCUUACAGAGCCAGUGUCUCAACGAAGUGCUGAAAGCAGAAAGGCCUGAUGUGGACGAGAAGCGGUCCGACCUCCUUAAACUGCAAGGGGAGUUCCAGCUGCGUCUGCGACAGCUCGAGAAGUCCCUGCUGCAGGCCCUGAACGAGGUCAAGGGCCGCAUCCUGGACGACGACACCAUCAUCACCACCCUGGAGAACCUGAAGCGGGAGGCGGCCGAGGUCACCAGGAAGGUGGAGGAGACGGACAUUGUCAUGCAGGAGGUGGAGACGGUGUCUCAGCAGUACCUGCCGCUAUCCACAGCCUGCAGCAGCAUCUACUUCACCAUGGAGUCCCUGAAGCAGAUCCACUUCCUGUACCAGUACUCCCUGCAGUUCUUCCUGGACAUCUACCACAACGUCCUGUACGAGAACCCCAACCUGAAGGGGGUCACGGACCACACCCAGCGCCUCUCCAUCAUCACCAAGGACCUCUUCCAGGUGGCAUUCAACCGCGUGGCCCGCGGCAUGCUGCACCAGGACCACAUCACCUUCGCCAUGCUGCUGGCAAGGAUCAAGCUCAAGGGCACCAUCGGGGAGCCCACCUAUGACGCCGAGUUCCAGCACUUCCUGCGGGGGAAGGAGAUUGUGCUGAGCGCAGGCUCGACCCCCAAGAUCCAGGGCCUCACCGUGGAGCAGGCCGAGGCCGUCGUGCGCCUGAGCUGUCUGCCUGCCUUUAAAGACCUGAUCGCCAAGGUGCAGGCCGACGAGCAAUUCGGCAUCUGGCUGGACAGCAGCUCCCCAGAGCAGACAGUGCCGUACCUGUGGAGCGAGGACACCCCUGCAACUCCCAUCGGCCAGGCCAUCCACCGCCUGCUGCUGAUCCAGGCCUUCCGCCCCGACCGCCUGCUGGCCAUGGCCCACAUGUUUGUGUCCACAAACCUCGGCGAGUCCUUCAUGUCCAUCAUGGAGCAGCCGCUCGAUCUGACCCACAUCGUGGACACAGAGGUGAAGCCCAAUACUCCUGUGCUGAUGUGCUCCGUGCCCGGCUAUGACGCCAGCGGGCACGUGGAAGACCUGGCAGCCGAGCAGAACACGCAGAUCACCUCCAUCGCCAUCGGCUCGGCCGAGGGCUUCAACCAGGCGGACAAGGCGAUCAACACGGCUGUCAAGUCUGGCAGGUGGGUGAUGCUGAAGAAUGUGCACCUGGCGCCCGGCUGGCUGAUGCAGCUGGAGAAGAAGCUGCACUCCCUGCAGCCGCACGCUUGCUUCCGGCUCUUCCUCACCAUGGAGAUCAACCCCAAGGUGCCUGUGAACCUGCUGCGCGCCGGCCGCAUCUUUGUGUUCGAGCCCCCGCCGGGCGUGAAGGCCAACAUGCUGAGGACCUUCAGCAGCAUCCCUGUCUCCAGGAUCUGCAAGUCUCCCAAUGAGCGCGCCCGCUUGUACUUCCUGCUGGCCUGGUUCCACGCUGUCAUCCAGGAGCGCCUCAGAUAUGCCCCCCUGGGCUGGUCCAAGAAGUAUGAAUUUGGGGAGUCAGACCUGCGGUCAGCCUGUGACACUGUGGACACGUGGCUGGACGACACGGCCAAGGGAAGGCAGAACAUCUCUCCCGACAAGAUCCCCUGGUCGGCGCUCAAGACCCUGAUGGCGCAGUCCAUCUACGGCGGCCGCGUGGACAAUGAGUUUGACCAGCGCCUGCUCAACACCUUCCUGGAGCGGCUCUUCACAACCAGGAGCUUCGACAGCGAGUUCAAGCUGGCCUGCAAGGUGGACGGGCACAAGGACAUCCAGAUGCCCGACGGCAUCAGGAGAGAGGAGUUUGUGCAGUGGGUGGAGCUGCUCCCAGACACGCAGACGCCGUCCUGGCUGGGCCUGCCCAACAACGCCGAGAGGGUUCUGCUCACCACGCAGGGUGUGGACAUGAUCAGCAAGAUGCUGAAGAUGCAGAUGCUGGAGGACGAGGAUGACCUGGCGUACGCGGAGACGGAGAGGAAGACGCGCGCGGACCCCACGUCGGACGGGCGCCCCACCUGGAUGAGGACGUUGCACACCACCGCCUCCAACUGGCUGCACCUGAUCCCCCAGACGCUCACGCACCUCAAGCGCACCGUGGAGAACAUCAAGGAUCCUUUGUUCCGCUUCUUCGAGCGGGAGGUGAAGAUGGGAGCCAAGCUGCUGCAGGACGUUCGCCAGGACCUGGCAGAUGUGGUGCAGGUGUGCGAGGGCAAGAAGAAGCAGACCAACUACCUGCGCACGCUCAUCAACGAGCUGGUCAAAGGCAUCCUCCCGCGGAGCUGGUCCCACUACACAGUGCCGGCCGGCAUGACGGUCAUCCAGUGGGUGUCGGACUUCAGCGAGCAAGUCAAGCAGCUGCAGAGCAUCUCCAUGGCAGCGGCCACAGGGGGCGCCAAGGAGCUCAAGAACAUCCACGUGUGCCUGGGCGGCCUCUUCGUGCCCGAGGCCUACAUCACGGCCACGAGGCAGUACGUGGCACAGGCUAACAGCUGGUCACUGGAGGAACUCUGUCUGGAGGUCAACGUCACCACUUCACAGGGUGCCUCCCUCGAUGCCUGCAGCUUCGGGGUCACAGGCCUGAAGCUGCAAGGGGCCACGUGCAGCAACAACAAGCUGUCGCUGUCCAACGCCAUCUCCACCGUCCUCCCGCUGACGCAGCUCCGCUGGGUCAAACAGACCAACGCGGAGAAGAAGGCGAAUGUGGUGACCUUGCCUGUCUACCUGAACUUCACCCGGGCUGACCUGAUCUUCACUGUGGACUUCGAGAUCGCCACCAAGGAAGACCCACGCAGCUUCUAUGAGCGUGGGGUUGCCGUGCUAUGCACGGAGUGA